AUGGUAUCCAGAACAGACCGCCCCGUGGCCAUCGUGGGCGCGGGCGUGCUAGGUCGUCGCAUCGCAUGUGUGUUUGUUGCGGCUGGAUACAAUGUGCAUAUCCAGGAUUCAUUGUCGGAGUCGCGACAGGCGGCCAUUGAUUAUAUCGACGAGCACAAGCAACAAUUUGCCUCAAGAUUGCGGAAUCGCAAUGGAAACGACAAUGCACCCGAAGCGACGAGACAGCCCGUGUAUGGUAACUGCAAGGCUUUUGUGGAGAUAGGACCUGCCACUUCAGACGCAUGGCUUGCGAUUGAGGCCGUGCCGAAGCCAGACGGGAAGCCGGGGAUCUUUGCCGAGCUGGACGCCAAAUCCCCGAGAGAUUGCAUUUUGGCCUCGAGUAGCUCAUCGUUCAAGUCUGUCCUGCGAGCUGGCAAGGUGUCAGCAGCACGGCAGAAACGCUGCCUCAAUAUCUAUUUCAUGUGGCCGCCGGCCAUUCGAACAGUUUGGUUGAUGGAGGACUGCGAGAUCGGCACUGAUAGUGAGAUCUUCCCGCAGUUGGAGAGCAUCCUCACAGAGUGCGGAAUGACACUCACGACAGAAGUGCAGGACUCGACGGGAUCCGUCUUGGAUCGUCUGUGGACUGUCGCAGAAUUCCUAUACAAGAAUGGACCCGGUCCCAACAAGCCCAAGAGCCAGCCGGGGUAUGAUUUCGUGACCUGGGUCGAAGAGAACUACUCCGAGCCGCCCAGUCAUAACGACGAGGCGGGCUCAGAAGACACCGACACCGACACCAACCCAGCAACCCCACGCCUGAAGGACAUGUACCUCCUAGAUCUGGGAUUCGGGGGGAGCACACAAGACCUCCCGCCAACAUCAGAGGGCCGGAUCCUGCGCCUGAACCAAACAACACAAGCCCUGACCCCCGUGGUGGUAUCACAGAACCUCCCAGACGGAAUCGACGUAUCCCCCUCGACGCAGCGGAUCUACUGGACGAACAUGGGGAAGAGCGUAGCUUUCUGCGACGGGUCGGUAUGGUCCGCCAACCUCGACGGCAGCGACAUCCAGUGUUUGGUGCCCACGGGGAAAGUGCACACGCCCAAACAGCUGGCAGUGCACGAACCUCGCCGCCAACUGUAUUUCUCGGACCGCGAGGGCGGCGGCGUACACCGGUGCGACUUCGACGGCGGCAACCACGAGGUCCUAGUACAACGGGACCGGCUACCGCACUGGGCAGACCAGAUGACGCAGUGGUGUGUGGGGAUUGCCAUCGACGUGCUGCACGACAAGAUGUACUGGACGCAAAAGGGGCCCAGCAAGGGGAACCGUGGCCGCAUCUUUUGCGCGGGGCUUGAUAUUCCGGCCGGGGAGACGGCCGCGACUCGAUCGGAUAUUCGGCUGCUCUUUGAUGGUCUGCCGGAGCCGAUUGAUGCUGUUGUCGAUGGUGAGGAUGAAAUCCUCUAUUGGACGGAUCGGGGGGAGCACCCCGCUGGCUGUGCGCUGUACCGCGCCUAUGUUGGUGAGGAGAGCUUGGAGAAGAGUGUUUUGGCGCGCCAUUUCCAUGAGCCUAUUGGCUUGAAGUUGGAUAAGGAGAAUAAUCUCAUCUAUGUGGUCGAUCUCGGGGGCAGUAUAUACUCGGUGACGCUGAACAAAGGAGUCAAGACGCUGGUGCUUCGCAAUGAUGGGUGUUACACGGGAAUCACCCUCGUCUAA